ACGUUAUGCCAGCGCGACAAACACCAAAGAAGAAGUCAGACACAGUUUACAUAGUCGAAUAUGAUGGUGCAGUUAGCUUAGAAAAGAGAUAAUAAACAUGGAUAAAAAGAAGAAACCAUUUGACGUGACUGCUUCAUCGCUAGUGGACCUUAAAGCUGAACUCUACAGAAAGCAGGAGCAAUUCAAACAGGAAAAACUUGGGCGAGAAGAUGUUGGUGCUGGAUUCAAAUCCAAACCCAAAGUCAAGAAACCUAAUGUCUGGAGCAAGCAAAACGCUGGUGUUUCAGGAAGAGCAGAGAAAGAUGCAGAGCAGCUGGCUGAGGAGCAGAACAGCCUCGAUUCAUCAAAACGCAGGUUGGAGGAGAAAGCCAAACUCUAUGAGCAGAUGACAAAAGGAGACUUUCCAGAUGAAGAGACAGAGGGACUGUUCCUGGUUGAUUUCACCCAGAAGAUUAUUGACAAAAAGAGAGAAACACUUGCACAGAAGGAAACAGAAAGAGAGGACGAGGAAAGAGGCAGUUUGUCUCCUGUCCCUCCUCCUCAGGCCCCAGAUGAGGAAUGGGUGGACUUUGUAGAUGCUUUGGGACGAUCUCGAAGAUGCAUGAAGAAAGACCUUCCAGAUUUUAAGAAAAUGGACCAAGACCUAAAAGGAAAAGGAAAAGCCUCAGCUGAGAAGACUUUACUCUCAGAAGACAUGCGUCGAGAGCUGCAGAGGCAGGAGUGGGAGAGGGAGGAAGAGGAAGCUAUGAAGAAGCCUGUUGGACCAAUCCACUAUGAGGAUAUGAGGGGGCAAGAGGCUCGGGAGCUUGGUGUAGGCUACUUUGCGUUUGCUCAGGAUGAAGAGCAGCGUAGAAAGCAGAGAGAAACUCUGGACAUGCUCAGAGACCAGACAACAGAUCAGCGCAGUAAGAGGGAACGACUGAAGGAAAAGAGGCAGGCCAUCCUGCAGGCCAGACUGGCCAAAGUCAGGCAGAGGAAGAUGAAGACAAACCUGAACGGCACUGAGGAAGAGCAGAAAGAAGAGGAGAAUGAAGGAGGGGAGGAGGAAGGUGAAUUAAUAGGACCUCCGCCUCCACCUGAGGACUGUCCAGAGGUCAGCAUACUGAAGAAGGUGGAAGUGGAGAUUCAGGAAAGGAAGGACACUAAACCAGGAGUUCCUCAUGUCAGAGAAUGGGACAGAGGCAAAGAGUCUAUGUUUAGCGAGUGGAAAACUCGACGUCGGCAAGAGCGAGAUUCAGAGUUUGCACCUCCCUCUGCUUACUUUAGUAAUGAGAAGAGACCAAGAUCAGAGAAGACUGAGAUGCAGCAGAAGAAAAAUUCCAAAAUGUCCUUCACGUGGACAAAAGGCCCAGCAGGAAUCUCUGAGAGCAAGGCAGAACCACACCCUGAGCCUAAAACUACUCCUCCACCUCCUCAACCUCAACAAAAUCCUCCAGCACCUUCAGAGCCAACACCGUCAGCUCCUGUGUCUGCUCCUCCUGUCAACCUACAGCAUCCCCCUCCUCAGUUUUAUCCUCCGUUUCCUCCUCCACCUCCUCCUCAGUUCACAUUUCCACCUCACCUGCCCCCUCACUUUCCCACACAGUACCCACCCCAAUAUCCACCCCAAUAUCCACCCCAAUAUCCACCCCAGUAUCCACCCCAGUAUCCACCUCAGCAGCCCCCCCAGCCCACAGACCACAGCCAAGCCCAGCAGGCCCCUCAGGGUGCUUCUCAGAAUCUGGAUGACAUGCUGUCCUUCUUCAGGAACUCUACCUGAUCUCUGAAAUAUCAUGUUUGCUGUGUAGUUGGUUCAUAUUAUGAGUGUAAAUA